AAAUGGGAUGAAAUAUAAUUGUAAUACAUAUUCAAAAAUGUUUAGUUAACUUAAUGGUGUGUAUAUUUCACUUUAGUUAUGUCAUUUUUACAACGCAUUGAUCAAACAUGAAUCUACUGUAUACUCUUCACUUAAAAACUCGUAUUGAUCAAACUCUCGUUGUAUCUCAUAUUGUAUCCUUCACUUAAAAGGUGCUUCAUGCAUUAUUACAAUUCGUUGAACUGUUAUAAGUGUAUCAUAAAUAACAUCACAUUACACGUCGUUAAUUAAAUAUUAUUACCGAAUAUAUAAAUAAGAUUAAACAGAAAUGAUGAAAAGAAGAAAACGCAAAAGUGAUAAAUUUGCUCGAAUGAGCGAAGAAGAACGCGCUCGGUAUAUACAACAUCGUGCUGAAUAUGAAUUAGAAACAAAAAGGCGUAAACAACAAUUAAUUGCUAUUUUCACUAAAAACAAAUUGAAACGGGAAGGAGUUUUUUCCAAAUUAAAUGAUGCUAAAAUUAAUGAAAAAUGGAGAUAUAUUUUGCGACAAACAAAACGUACAGAACUUUUUGAAGAUAUAAAACAUGUUUGUGAAACUUUUGAAAGAGCAGUGAACGUAAAGAAUGAAACAAUCACUUGUUUAUAUAAAGACUUAAAAACUGCGGAUGUGGAUCAUAGGAAACUUCAUGAAAGCCAUACUAUAUUAAUCAAUAACAUAAUUGGGAAAUUUAAAGAAAAAUUAAAAAUAUUACAUUUAAAAGAAUUGAAAUCUCAAUUGGAACAAGAUUGCAAAGAUAUUUACAAUAGUAUAGUAAAGAAGAAUGCUAGUUCGAAUGAAAAACAAUCUACAAAAAAAAUACAAAAUGCUGUAAACAUUCUUAGUAUAACGUAUUUGGUGGAAGAGACAACAUCAAAUCUUAUGAGCCAGUCGUUUCUAAAAAUUGAAAGUCUUUGGGAUCAGCUUUAUAAAACAAUAAACGAAUAUGAGCGAAUAACUGAAAAUAAAAGGAAACAAUAUGAAUAUUUAAAACAGCAAGACAUUACUCAUCAAAUAUCAAUACAGCAAUAUCCAAAAACAUAUUUACAGUUACAAAAUGCUAUUGAAAAUUUGAAAUGCAGUAUGGAGAUGCUGUCAUUAAAAAGAAAUAACUAUAUUACAAGACUUAAAGAGAAAGAGACAGAUAUGAACAAUAAAUUUAAAAAUAUUAAAUACAACAUUGCUUCAAUGCAAAUGAUCGAUUCUUUUCAAAUGAAGAAAUUAAUUAUUACCAGCAAUGAAGUUUUUAAGUAUUUACAACGAAUUAUAGAGAAAAGUUCCGCUGUCCUAGAAAUAGUUAAAAUAUAUUCUGCUUUGGAAUCUACAUCUUUCAAUGCAAAAAAGUAUUUCAUGCAGAAUGCAAUACACACUGAAUUUGUUGAUACUGAUAUACCUAAAUCGUACAGCAAAAUCAAUAAAUUUUGGGAACAAUAUAAUUGUAUUAAAGUAGAUAAUAUUUUAUUGAAACAGAAAGGUGACAAAUUGUGUGCGGAGAACGAAAAAUUAACACAGGAGUUACAAACGUAUAUUACAACAAUUUCUGAAGUACCAGUAUUGCGUCCAAUUGUUUCACCUCUACAUUGAGUGAAUUGCAUAUUUCCU